AUGGCGGGGGGCUGGCGGAGGGGCUGCCGCCACCCGGGGCUGUUUCUCCCAGCUCAGCGCCUGCUGGAAGCGGUGAAGCAGAUCAUGGAAGAGGCGGUGACGAGGAAGUUUGUGCAUGAGGACAGCAGCCACAUCAUCUCCUUCUGUGCUGCUGUGGAAGCCUGUGUCUUGUACGGCUUGAAGCGGAGGGCGGCAGGAUUCCUGCGCAGCAACAAGAUAGCAGCCCUGUUCAUGAAGGUGGGCAAGAGCUUUCCUCUGGCAGAGGAACUUUGCAAGAAGGUGCAAGACCUGGAGCAGCUCAUUGAGAACGCACGAAAUCAAGUCCAGGGCAUCCCGGAGAAUGUGCGCAAGAUGCCGAAACUGCCCAACCUGUCUCCUCAAGCCAUCAAGCACCUCUGGAUCCGCACAGCCCUCUUCGAAAAGGUCUUGGAUAAAAUUGUGCAUUACUUGGUAGAAAAUAGCAGUAAGUACUAUGAGAAGGAAGCUCUCCUGAUGGAUCCUGUGGAUGGGCCAAUUCUUGCAUCCUUAUUGGUGGGGCCCUGUGCGCUGGAGUACACGAAGAUGAAGACCGCUGACCACUUCUGGACAGACCCCUCAGCUGAUGAGCUGGUCCAGAGGCACCGGAUCCACAGCUCGCACUGUCGCCAGGACUCGCCCACCAAGCGCCCAGCGCUCUGCAUUCAGAAAAGGCAUUCGAGUGGCAGCAUGGAUGACCGGCCAUCGCUGUCUGCCAGGGACUACGUGGAGUCGCUGCACCAGAAUUCCCGAGCCACGCUCCUCUACGGCAAGAACAACGUCCUGGUGCAGCCGCGAGACGACAUGGAGGCAAUCCCGGGAUAUCUGUCCCUUCACCAGACCGCCGACAUCAUGGCGCUGAAGUGGACUCCCAACCAGCUGAUGAACGGCUCUGUAGGGGACCUGGACUAUGAGAAGAGCGUGUACUGGGACUACGCCAUGACUAUUCGCCUGGAGGAGAUUGUCUAUCUGCACUGUCACCAGCAAGUAGACAGCGGUGGAACGGUUGUCUUGGUGAGCCAGGAUGGGAUUCAGAGGCCCCCGCUGCGGUUCCCCAGAGGAGGGCACUUACUGCAGUUCCUGUCCUGCCUGGAGAACGGCCUCCUGCCCCAUGGGCAGCUGGAUCCACCCCUCUGGUCACAGCGGGGAAAGGGGAAGGUGUUUCCCAAGCUGAGGAAGCGAAGUCCCCAGGGCUCCUCCGAGUCUGCGUCCGACAAGGAAGAUGAUGAAGCCACAGAUUAUGUUUUCAGGAUAAUCUACCCAGGGACACAGUCUGAAUUCGUUACCAUUAAUGGUAAUUUUCAUCCAUUCCUUGCGUCUGUGAUCUCCAUCACUGCUGUGAGAGGGAAGAUGGCAAGGACUCCAGCUGCAAGCAAGACGGUGGUGAUCCCUAAAUGGUUUCUGAGUCUCCCCACCACGUCCCGACCUCCCCUUGCCACUCUGGGGGCCUCUCGGUGUCAGUUGCCCCAGGACCUGAUGGACGCGCCGGGAGCGGGCCUGCUGAAAGGUAACGCUUGCUUUGGGAAACGCAGAGCUCCGCUGAAGCUCCUGUGUGACAAUAUGAAGUACCAGAUCCUCUCCCGGGCCUUCUACGGCUGGCUGGCCUAUUGCAGGCACCUCUCCACGGUGCGAACCCACCUAUCCGCGCUGGUUAACCACAACAUCGUGUCUCCUGAUGUGCCCUGCAACGCCAGCUCGGGACUGACUGUGGACAUAUGGCAGAGAUACAUGCAGGACAGCACGAGUUACGAGGACCAGGAGCUGCUGCGGCUGAUCUACUAUGGUGGGAUCCAGCACGAGAUCAGGAAGGCUGUCUGGCCCUUCCUUUUGGGCCAUUAUCAGUUUGGGAUGACAGAGGCAGAAAGGAAAGAGGCUGACGACCAGAUCCGUACCUGCUACGAGCACACCAUGGCGGAGUGGCUGGGCUGCGAGGCCAUUGUGCGGCAGCGGGAGAAGGAGUCGCACGCGGCGGCUCUGGCCAAGUGCUCCUCUGGGGCCAGCCUGGAUUCCCACAUUCAGAGGAUGAUGCACAGGGACUCGACCAUCAGCAACGAGUCUUCGCAGAGCUGCAGCUCUGGCCGACAGAAUCACGCCCGGCUGCAGAGCGACUCCAGCUCCAGCACGCAGGUGUUUGAGUCUGUUGAUGAAGUGGAACAGACUGAAGCAGAUGCUCAGCUGGAAGAUGGCAAACACAGCAAGAUCCCCAAUGGGACAGUUCCCAAUGGCACGUGUUCCCCUGAUUCCGGACACCCCUCUUCCCAGAACUUCUCCAUCGCAUCGGGAUUCUCGGAGCGCAGCUUCAGCAAUGAGGACAGUGCCCUGGAAACCAACAAAUCCUCGGCCAGCUCUCAGGGAAAGGCCGCUGGGUCCGAUGUGCCAGGCCCACAGGACCCGGAUGGUGCCCGGCAGGAGGAGAAGCUGCAGGGCCAAGACAGCCUGGAAGCUGAAUUUCCCACUGGUGGAAGCGUGGACUUUGUUCCUGUGGGUGCGAGCUCGGCAGGCGUCCUGCGUGAUCGUGACGCCGUGGCCCUCACCGUGGUGGAGAGCUGGGCAGACAGAGAAGCUGAAAAGCAGAGCUUGGUGGAGAGUGAAGAUAACCUCUCUGAGGAGCCGGAGAUGGAGAGCUUGUACCCGCAGCUGGAUUCUCUGGCUGUAGCUGACCUGGCCAACAGCGAAGCGGCUGCUGUCUCCUCGAUGGGCGUCACCUACUCUCCAGAGCUACUGGACAUGUACACCGUCAACCUGCACCGCAUUGAGAAGGACGUGCAGCGGUGUGACCGCAACUACUGGUACUUCACCCCUGCCAACCUGGAGAAGCUCCGCAACAUCAUGUGCAGCUACAUCUGGCAACACAUUGAGAUCGGCUACGUGCAGGGGAUGUGUGACCUGCUAGCCCCUCUCCUGGUCAUCCUGGAUGAUGAGGCUCUGGCUUUCAGCUGUUUCACCGAGCUUAUGAAGAGGAUGAACCAGAACUUCCCCCACGGGGGAGCCAUGGACACCCACUUUGCCAACAUGAGAUCCCUGAUCCAGAUUCUGGACUCUGAGCUCUUCGAGCUGAUGCACCAGAACGGUGAUUACACUCAUUUCUACUUCUGCUACCGGUGGUUUCUCCUGGACUUCAAGAGAGAGCUGGUGUAUGACGACGUGUUCGCCGUCUGGGAAACCAUCUGGGCAGCCGCGCAUGUUUCCUCUGCACACUAUGUGCUCUUCAUCGCCCUGGCUUUGGUGGAAAUGUACCGGGACAUAAUCUUGGAGAACAACAUGGAUUUUACAGACAUCAUCAAGUUUUUCAACGAAAUGGCUGAGCGGCACAACACCAAGCAGAUCCUGAAGCUGGCUCGGGACCUUGUCUAUAAAGUCCAGACUCUGAUCGAGAACAAAUGA